AAAAAGCAUUGGUUAGAUGGGCGAUUGAUUACAAGUUUCCAUUCUGUAUAUUCUGUGGUUUUAGGUUAUGUUUUGAUAAAAUACUAAGAAAUAGGUAGUAUAAUUUUUCAAAACUAAAAAUAAUACAGUUGAUAAAAUAGAAUGCAAUGCUCUUUAGAAAAUCGUAUCUGUGCCUUGAAUCAAAUAUCAAGUCGAAAACUUGUUGACAUUCUUGAUAAAAUUCCGGGGCAAAAAGAUUUUAUCAUCGACUCAAAUAUUAUUAAACCUCUAGAAAAAUUCAUCGGUGUUUCAAAACUAAGAUCACAUGGAGUCGACAAAAUCUACAAAUUUGACAAACCUGGCAUUCCCAUUACCAACAGCCAACGUGUCUACAUGAUUCGAUCAGAUUUGAUAACGGCCAAACAUGUGAGCGACCAAAUCAACUCAGAAAUCAAUCAGUCGCCAGAAAAGAGUAGCAACAACCACAUUAUCAUAGUUCCCAGGAAGCUUACCGCCAUACUGGAUCUCUUCGAAGAGGAGGGGGUGUUUGGUCACAUGACCACUUACCAGUUCCAGUGGGCGCCGCUCCAGCUGGACUCCAAACUCAUCAUCGACGAGCUCCCCAACGUUUACAGAUCGUUAUUCCUGGAAGGCAACAAUGCGCUACUGCCCAGUGUUGCCAAGUCUAUCUGGACACUGAUUAUGUUGUUUGGAAUUCCAACGGUUACAGUCUACCAUGGAAAAUUCGCUCAACAAAUUGAGAAACUACUAGGAAUUUAUUUGGAGAAACUGGGCAGACCACACAAGGUUGACUCUGACAUUUCGUGUUUCUACCUGGUAGAUCGAGAUGUUGAUUAUACCUGUGCCUUGUUGACUCCAGGCACCUACACUUGUUUACUAGAUGAAGUCUGUGGAUUCACCUGCGGAGUGUCCAACUUUACAGUAUCCGACCAAAACUACACACUCAACCUGAGCGAUACAGAUGAGAUCUUUGUACAGGUUAGGAAUCGUUACUUCUCCGACGUGUUCCCGUAUCUCAGUUCUAAAGCGAAAGUUCUGAGGGAUAGUUUCGCACUGAGUCAGUCAACGACAACCCUUGACCAGAUGCAGAGGUUUGUCUCCCAGGAGUUGAGGAGUGUAACGGUCAUGAAAAAGUGUUUAGCUGGACAUAUCGCCGCUUGUGAGAAGAUCAUGUUGGAUAUGAGUGAUCGUUUCGAAGAUCUACAAGUCAAUGAACAGAAUAUGUUGAUGGGCAGAAACCGUAGGGACAGCGUAUCUUUCAUUGAAGACUGUAUCGCAAUGGAUUCAGGUGGUUUAUUAGGAUGUCUACGGCUGUUAUCUUUGUUGUCGACGACCAGUGACGGGCUCACCGCAGAUGAAAUAGCCAGUUUCAAGAACCAGUUACUUCACGCUUAUGGAUACAAACAUUUGUCCUCGAUCCACAACCUCUUCACAGCUGGGUUGAUAACUGAACAAGUGACUAGUAGCGCUCCAGCGGGAAAAAUCGCAAACAAAGUUGUACAAGCUGUAACUCUACCGACGAGACGCAGCUCGUUUAACGCGCAGUCGCAGAAACUCAAACUGUUACCUGAGACCUGUCACGACCCCAAAAACCCCAAAGAUAUGAGUUACAUCUUUGGAGGAGCCUACAUUCCACUCAUAUGUCAGAUCAUUUCUAACCUGGUUCGCAAGGAGGUAUCCCUGGAGGAAAUCACCAAACUUGUACCCAACCUUGUCACGAAAUACAGUACCGACUGUAAGGAGAUCAUACGGCAAACGUAUCUGAUAUAUUUUAUUGGAGGUGUCACGUUUGCUGAGGUGACUGCUUUUCAGAUGUUGGAAAAGUUGACUGGUUGUCAGAUUGUUGUGGCUGGUACGUCUAUAGUAAAUGGGAGUACUUUAAUUAAAUCAGUGUUAUAAUAUGCAUUAAAAUAGAGUUUAUUAUUACUAUACCUGGAAUCAUGGGAUCAAUACUCGACAUAGGCAUGACAUCAACAUUCCUUUUGUCCGUCUGGAGAGGCUGAGAUCCAGCCAUCUGAUAAUGGGUAGACGUUUUUAUAUAAUAAGAGAGAGUAGGGUUGUGUUUGUUCGCAUCAAAACAUGUCAACUUGUGGAUUGCAUACCGGAAAAACGGGAAUGAUUUAGAUCUCCAAAUUUUGCACUUAGAUUCUAAAAAUUCAAUCUCGUGCACCUGGAAGCCCAAAUUUCAAUUUUCCUUCUUGAUUUUUCAGAAUCAGUGUUCAAACUUCAUUAAUCUAUACUUAUAAAAUCUCACUGAUCACGAUUUCUGGAAAACUACUGGAUGGAUUGCAACAAAACUUGGAAUAUAGCUUCCUUAAACGUCCUAGGUGCUCACUAAGAAAUCUUUUGGCGAUAUUUCAACUCUAAGAGUGGUUUCUAAGGGUUUAAAGUUCGUCUUUCAGCAUGUAUAUUCUUCUUCUACCAAUCUCCUUAUUAUAAUAGAAAUGUCCAUAUCAUAUGUUAUUAUAGAUCUAUAAUCUAGAGAGAGUACCUCUUCGAAACAGUUGUUAACUGGCAACUUAAUUAAUCAUUUUGACAGGUUGGCAUUAAGUGAAUGAAGAUGACUUCAUUAGGUUGGUACCAAGUUGAAGAACGAAUCAAAAUGCAUUUAUCGAGAACAUAUUGAUUGGGCACUGCUGCUUCAAUCAGAGCUAUUCCUGGGAGAUAGUUUUUUAUUUUUCAUAAAACAAACUUUUAUGACGGGAGUUGCUUCUAUCAAGUGAUCCUAUUCUAUCAAGACUAAUUUAAUUUUGUUUGUAUAUCCGAUCACGAUAACUGCUUAAACAAUUUUGAUGAAAUUUUAAUAAAUCAGUAUGAUAUAUGGAGGGUAUUUUCAAAACUUCAGAAGUGUCCGUUGUGGAAUCUGUUUGCAAAGAAUGAGGAAAUUCGGCCAAAAUUUAACUUGGGCGGAAGAAAGGGGUUAUUUAUUAAGACGACUAAAUAGCUGUUGUUCCUUUUCCCAAUAUUCUACAAAAUUCGCUGCAAUUGGACUACUAUUCUACAGAGCACUUCCAACACAUCAAUGAUUAAUCGAAUGAUUUGACUCAAUAGGUUUCAUGGCAAGUUGUGGCCUAAUAUCAAAAACGAUUAUAACAAUGUUGGUAGAAUUUAGAUUAUAAAUGGUUCACAAAAAUAAUCUUAUCUUUCAAUUCCCGAAGCGAAGCACGGGUGCCCUGCUAGUAUUUAAUAAAUUUCCCCCUCAAGUUUAGAGACAUGGGAACCAUAGAGUUAAAAAAACUCUACAUACGUGGCUCUGCUCAAACCCUUUUUAUCAUGUUGAAGAGUUUUUUCAGCUGCCUGAAUCCAGCAUAGACCUGUAAUGCUAUGAAAACCAUUGAAACCAUAAAGGCAUAAUAAUUUGACUUGUACUCUAUUAUGUA